GGCAUCAACUGGAUGACAGUAUUGGAUUGUAGCGCAGAAUAUUUGAAACGCGACAGACACAUAAAAGGAGAAUGAAGAGCUCAACAAUAUGUUACAUUGUGUCGAUGCAGGAACAGCUGGUCCUGCUGAUCUUCUUCGUCCCGCAAGCCCAGAGGUUUAUGAAGGCGAGCACCAGGCUGCGAUGUCUUCCACCGUGGAUUUGAAAACCAAGGAGGAGAAGGAUGCAGAGCUGGACAGAAGGAUUGAAGCUCUGCGGAAGAAGAAUGAGGCACUUGUCAAGCGUUACCAGGAAAUUGAAGAAGACAAGAAGAAGGCAGAGCAGGAGGGCAUUGCUGUGACGACCACAAGGAAGCCCAGACCACAUGAGCCUGAGGACAGAAGGAGGCCAGAGAAGGAGAACUUCACUGUGACUGUCGAUCUUUCAAAACCAACAGCGGAGAAAAGAGUUCUGAAUGACCGAAAGCCCAGAGGACGGAAGACGUCUGAAGACAGUGAGGGCCACAGUCCGCCUCGCAGGACGGGGUCUGGCCGAGUGGGUCAGGGCGGGCAGCGAGGAGGCGCUCGACAGGAGAGAAGGGAGUGGGAGCCCAGGACUCCACGUGACGGGGAACCAAAAGCCCCACGAGAUGGUGAAGCGAAGCCCCAAAGGCACGCAGAUUCCAGGCCCCCCAGGGAUGCAGAACGACGGCCACAUAGAGAGGGAGACCCCGGAGAAUCGGGCGGUCAGGGACGCAGAGGUGGAAGGAGAGGAAGAGGGGGCGGCGGGGGAGGACCGCCCGGAGGUGGUGGUGACAGAAAAAACAAGGAGUGGGAGGAGAAGAGAAGACAGAACAUUGAGAAGAUGAACGAGGAGAUGGAGAGGAUCGCGGAGUACGAGCGGGGACAGUUGUCGGAUGGUGACAAGCCACUCCGCAACUUCCUGGACGACCCGAGACGCUCCGGUCCUGUUCCUGACUCUGACCGAAAAGAGGGUAGCCGGAGACACGUGAGGAACUGGGGAGGACUGGACUUUGACAACGUGAAGACUGGAGCUGAGCUGGAGCGAGAGUGGACCAGUCGGCGCCCGGGUCAGAAAGGCUCGGUGGACAUGACCAUGUCCAUGACGGGCCGGGAGAGAGCCGAGUACCUGCGCUGGAAGAAGGAGCGCGAGCAGAUCGACGAAGAGAGACUGGCACGCCAUCGUAACGCCACGGGCCAGUGGCGGAGGGAGUGGGACAUGCAGAAGACUGACACCAUGUUCAAGGAGGAUCCAUCUGUGACCUCGGAGGGCAUGACCUCAGAGGGCGGCGGCAGGAGAGACGACGGGCGGCGUCCUCCCAGAGCACCAACAUUCGGUGACUUUGUGUCUCAGGGGAGGUCGCAGGGUCACCGAGGAGACCGGGGUCGAGGGAAGGGAAGAGGACAGAGGCAGAGCUACAGCAUGCAUGACAACCGCUGGGAGGGAGAGAAGGAGGAGGAGGAGGAGGGGAGAGAGAAGCAGGACCGGGUGAAGAAGGAGGAGAACGUUAAAAAGGAGAAGCCCAAAGCAGCUCCAGCUCAGACUGUGGAACCCAAGCCUGAAGAUGAAGACGAGGAUGAGUGGGAGGAUGCCAGCGACGGAGAGGUGGAGGAGGAAGGUUCUGACGCAGAGCAGGACGAGAAGAGAGACACGGGAAAUGAGAAGCCAUCCUCCUCCAGCAGCCCGAAGGAGCAGCGGACCCCCAGACCCAAAGUCCACAUCCCAGCGCCGGCACCGGUGCCCGAGUCUCCGGAGGGCGCCAAGCCCAUCAGCCCGUUCACGCUGCCGGAGGGCUACAGGCCGGUGACGGACUGGGGUGAGGAGAUGGAGAUGCUGUCUCCGAGGAGCAGCAUGGGGGGGGACAGCCCGCUGAAACCCUCCAGCACGGAGUCUAGCCCGGCCGAGAAGAAGGAGCAGCGGGUGGAGGGUCAGGCCGACGUGUCGGUGGAAGUCACCCAGCCCGAGGACUCGGAGAGACCAGAGGACGAGGACUCAGCUGCAGCAGUUGUCUCUCCACCUCCUGAACAGGUGCACUCUCCUCCAGUUCCUUCAGAACCAGAGUCUGGUCUCCAGACUCCACCACCUGAUCUCUCCUCAGAGGAGUCCGACUCCACUCCUUCCGCUGUCUCGGUGGUGAACCCGUCCGAGGCCCGAGAGGCUGUGGCGCUGAUGGAGCAGGAUUCUCUGGAGGUGGACGAGCCCUCAUCUGUUGUGGCCCCUGAAGCUCCGCUGAGGAACUGCGAGCCACAAGACGAUGCUGGAACAAGCGAGGUGGAGAAGACGGAGACGAAGGACGAGCCUUCGCCAGAGUGACGCCGCAAAAUUACACCGGAGGAGGAUGAUGUCGUCAUCGGCCUCGUCCUCAACAAACCCUAGUGCUCAGGUCGUGACCCAAUCGGCUGCUCACCCGGGCCCCUUCCCUGCUGCUGGAACUAGAACUCAGAUUUUAAUCAUCACCACGACUGCUCCAGAAGACAUUAAUUCACUUCCAACUGAGCUCUGUCCACCUUGACCUGCGCUGAAAUUUGUGGUAAAUUAAAGCUUUGUUUCCUGGGUGGUCUCAUCUGGUCGUCCUGGCAAGGACAGUGGACAGAUGAUGCUUGGCAACCACCGUUAAACUUAACAAGCGCAAACUCCUAUUUUAAAUUUUAGUUUUGUCUCUGAAAGUUUGUACACAUCAACUUUGUUUUCUCAUUUAGUCAAUAAAUGUUCUUCUGAGGAUCUGAUUUGGCGAAUUCUUA